UUUUCGAUUUCGCUCAUCAACAGCUCUUCGGCGACAACGGCAUUCCUGUUUCCAAGCUCAGCACUUGGAAUCCUCUCACCAUGGCGUACGAGACAUUGACUGGCGAGUCGUGUUUCACGGCCUCGGAGGCGGCCAAGUUGAUCGGCCUCAUCAACAAAAAGAGCCCCGCCAAAGUCAGCCAGCUUCGCGGACAGUGGCUCUAUUAUGUCCAUUUGGAGAAUGGACUGGACAAGGUCAAGCAGCUGCUGCACGUCACUGGCCAGCCGAGGAGCUCUGCCUCAGAUGAAAAGAGUGUCGACAUAUAUAUCACACCGCUUAACAUCUCCCCAUGGAGCUCGAAGGCCACUAGCAUCGCCCACGUUUGCGGCUUGAAGGACCAGGUUCACCGUAUGGAGAGGGGCCGUGUAGUUACCAUUGAGUUUGAGGAUUCGUACGACGGAGAGCAAGAGCUGGCCGCGCUACGCGACGUGAUACACGACCGUAUGACCGAGAACUUCGCCCUCGAGCCACCAGCGCUCCAUGAUAUGUUUGGAGAGAAAGAACGGCUCCCGCUUAUCAUUGUUGAUAUCUUCGCCGACGGGAAGGACCCCCUCUCUGAACUUCAGAAGUACAACAAGGCCGAGGGCUUGGGCCUUGACCAGCCGAACAUGGAGUACCUCGUGGCCGAGUUCAAAAACCUUGGACGGUCGCCAACAGACGUUGAACUCUUCAUGUUUGCUCAGGUGAACAGCGAGCACUGUCGACACCAUGUGUUCAACGCGGCCUGGACCAUUGACGGCGUGGCCAUGGAUAACAGCCUCUUCGGCAUGAUCAAGAACACUCACAAGCAGACCCCGGACUUCACCAUCUCGGCCUACAGUGACAAUGCCGCCGUUCUCGCUGGUGAAGUUGGAAACUAUUGGGCCCCGGAUUACUCGACCGGCUCGUGGAAGCUCACGAGAGAAGUCGUCCAACCGGUAAUCAAGGUCGAAACCCACAAUCACCCGACAGCAAUAUCCCCAUUUCCUGGGGCUGCAACUGGUAGCGGUGGAGAGAUUCGAGACGAGGGUGCUGUCGGGAGAGGUAGUUCCCCCAAGGCAGGGCUUGCAGGGUUCUGGGUGUCAGAUCUCCUAUUCCCACCGCGCCCUUGGGAAUCCGACAUCGGAAAACCCGCGCACUAUGCCAGUAGCUUGGACAUCAUGCUUGAGGCACCCAUCGGCUCGGCACAAUUCAACAACGAGUUCGGACGUCCCGCUCUCGCAGGCGUGUUUCGAACCCUGCUCACUAACACGGCCGGGCCGGACCAAACCCCCGACUGGAGAGGUUAUCACAAGCCCAUCAUGAUCGCCGGCGGCAUUGGUACAGUUAGGCCCCAGCAUGCCAUCAAGGAGCCCAACUAUGUCAGUGACGGCGCCCACAUCAUCGUGCUGGGAGGUCCGGCGAUGUUGAUUGGCUUGGGUGGGGGUGCUGCUUCGUCCAGCACGGGCUCGGACGCCACCGCUGAGCUCGACUUCAACAGCGUCCAGCGAGGAAACCCGGAAAUGGAACGGCGUGCCCAGAUGGUCAUCAACACUUGCGUUGCUUUGGGCGAGGAUAGCCCAAUCGCCUUCAUUCACGAUGUUGGCGCCGGAGGAUUGUCAAACGCUCUUCCGGAAUUGGUCAAGGACGCAGGCUUUGGAGGCGAAUUCCACUUGCGGCAAGUGGAAAGCGCUGAUAAUUCCAUGUCUCCGUUGCAAAUUUGGUGUAACGAGGCCCAGGAGCGAUACGUGUUGCUCAUUAACCCCGAGCAUCUCACUCGGUUCACGCGGAUAUGCGAGCGCGAGCGUUCCGGCUUCUCCAAUGUGGGCACCGUGGUUUCCAACCGGGACGGACGAGCAAAGCUGGUCCUCAAGGAUGAGCAGCCUACUAUUAAACCUGCUGUUAACCCCAUCGAUCUCCCGAUGGACGUUUUGUUCCCACCGGGACAUAGGAUUGAGAGGAGCGUCGAGAGAGUCGAGAAAGCUCUCCAGCCAUUCGACGCGGCGAAGAGCCUCGAGGAGAAGCACGGCGUGUCCGACUUGGGUUCUAUGAUCACCCAGGCCACAAAACUCGUCUUCAACCUCCCCGCUGUUGGUUCGAAGAUGUUUCUGAUUACGAUAGGCGACCGGACCGUCGGUGGUUUGACAACGCGUGACCAAGUUGUGGGACCAUGGCAGACUCCGGUGGCGGAUGUUGCCGUAACCCUGACCAGCUUCAGCAUCGACGAGAAGAGCCGCGCCGGCGAAGCGUUUGCGAUGGGAGAGAAGCCAACUCUUGCUCUGAUCUCCCCGGCCGCAUCCGCCCGUAUGGCCGUGGUGGAGAGCUUGAUGAAUCUUGGCGCAGCCGACAUCAAGGGUUCCAAGAACCGCAGGGGCGACUUGAGGAGAGUCAAACUCAGUGCUAACUGGAUGGCUGCCGUCAACCACCCGGGCGAGGGAGCUGAACUCUACGACGCUGUGCAGGCGAUCGGUUUGGAGUUGUGCCCAGAGUUGGGAGUCUCCAUCCCCGUCGGUAAGGAUUCGACAUCGAUGAAGGCGUCCUGGAAGGAGUCGGGAGAGGCAAAGAGCGUGACAGCCCCCGUCUCGGUCGUGAUCUCCGCCUUCUCGUUGGUAAAGGACGUUCGCAGGACUUGGACACCACAACUCCGUCGCAUCGAAGAAGUGGGAGAGUCGAUCCUGCUUUUCGUCGAUCUUGCGCAGGGACGCAAAGCCAUGGGUGGUUCCGCCCUGGCUCAAGUUCUUGGGCAGCUGGGCAACGAAGCACCAGACGUCCGAGAUACGGAGUUGAUCAAAGAUUACUUCGAUGCCCUUUCCCAACUGCACGAGGAGGAUGUGGUCCUCGCGUAUCAUGACAGAUCUGACGGAGGUCUACUCACAACCGUGGCGGAAAUGUGCUUUGCUGGUCGAUGCGGAGCCGACAUCUCACUUGAUGGAAUCGCCGAUUCCAAAUCUCAGGUCCUCGAAUCCUUGUUCAACGAAGAACUUGGCGCAGUCUUCCAAGUUCGCAAAGAUGAUGUCACACGGUUCACUCGAUGCUUUGCCACCUGCGGGCCCCCGAGUGGUUUGAUAAGACCAAUCGGCUAUGUUCGGGCGACAACAAAGCAGUCGCUGACGAUUCGAUACCAAUCGAAGGUCCUGGUCAGUCUGGACAGGGCUGAGAUGCAGCAGCAGUGGUCCAGCACCUCCUUCGAGCUGCAGAAGCUCCGAGACAAUCCGGCUUGCGCAGACUCCGAAUUUGCUGCUCUUCUCGAUUCGAAGGACCCGGGUCUGUCCUACAACCUCACGUUCGAUCCUGCCGAUAUCAAGCUCCCUAUGAUGACUGCUCUCAAGGGGCUAGUUGCUCGCCCGCGGGUCGCAAUCCUCAGAGAGCAAGGCGUGAACGGCCACGCAGAAAUGGCCUUUGCCUUCCGUGCGGCCGGCUUCGACGCCGUCGACGUCCACAUGUCGGACAUUCUGGGCGGCUUCUCGCUCGCCGGGUUCCGCGGCCUCGCGGCCUCCGGCGGCUUCUCCUACGGCGACGUCCUCGGCGCCGGCCAGGGGUGGGCCAAGUCGAUCCUCAUGCACGACGCCGCGCGCGACACUUUCGAGGCCUUCUUCAAGCGGCCUGAUACGUUUACCAUUGGAGUUUGUAAUGGAUGUCAGAUGUUGACCAGGAUCGCGGAGCUCAUCCCGGGAGCCGACAACUGGCCGAUCUUCGUCAGGAACGCCAGCCAGCAGUUCGAAGGGCGCUACUCGAUGGCGACGAUCCAGAGCCCGGGCCCCUCCCUCUUCUUCGACGGCAUGGACGGCUCCUCGCUGCCGAUCGUGGUGUCGCACGGCGAGGGCCGGGCCGAGUUCGCCUCGCCGGCCGACAUGCAGGCCCUGGACGCGGCGGGCGUGAUCCCGCUGAGGUACACCGACAACUACGGCAACGUCACCGAGGAGUAUCCCAUGAACCCCAACGGGAGCCCGAUGGGCAUCGCCGGCGUCAGGAGCCGCGACGGCCGCGUCCUCGCCAUGAUGCCGCAUCCCGAGAGGACCAUCAUGGCCGACGUGUCCAGCUACACGCCGGGGGAGCAGCUCGACAAGUUCGGCCAGUUUGGGCCUUGGUAUCGCCUGUUCCUUAAUGCCCGUAAGUGGGUCGGGUAAGGUGCGAGGUGAUGGAUGAUGUGCUAGGAUGUUUGUGGCGGCUUCAUGGUCUGGCGUUGUAUGGCUUAUAUUUCGAUGGUCCCUGGGGGGGAAUGUUGAACUGCCUCAGUGGCUGAAAAUUUUAGUUGAUGAGGGUUAGAACCGAUAAAUAAACAGAAACGCAUCCAAUAUGGCUCAGAAUGCCAUGUGACUGGGUAGCGGGUUGGGGCCUGCUGAUCCUCGCUAUCCGACCACGAGCUCGUCAUAUGCUUUACGUUGUAGGGAGGCAACUGCCGUUCCGC